UGAAUUAGUUUAUUUUUAAAAAGGUGUGCAAGACUUACAGAGCUUUGAGGGACAUAAUUGUCUUUUCUGAGCGUGCAAUGAGGUGCCGCCAAACCUCGGCCGCAGUUUUCUGUCAUUUUGACCUGCGACGGUCACCUUGAAGUUUUUGUUUUGGUUUGGUCGCAAUGCAAAGUAAACACUACAAGCUGCUGCUGCGAUGUCUCCUGGUUUUGCCGCUCAUUCUUUUGGUGGACUAUUGUGGCCUGCUGACCCACCUGCACGAACUGGACUUUGAGAGGCACUUCCACUAUCCACUGAAGGAUGACCGCGUCGGAACUUCGGGAAUAUCGAAGUUCGCCUACCUGCGAAUGCCCUCUUUCACAGCCGAAAUACAGGGGGAUCAGCCUCCGCGUCUUACGCUGCUCAUCAAAAGUGCCGUGUCGAACGUCCAGCGACGAGAGGCCAUCCGUCGAACUUGGGGCUACGAAGGCCGAUUCUCUGACGUCCAUCUGCGCAGGGUUUUUCUACUGGGAACCACAACCCACGGAGGUGAAAAGGACAUUGCCUGGGAGUCCCGCGAGCAUGGCGACAUCCUCCAGGCGGACUUUAUAGAUGCCUACUUCAAUAACACCCUGAAGACCAUGCUCGGAAUGCGCUGGGCCAGCGAGCACUUCAAUCGCAGUGAUUUUUACCUCUUCGUCGACGAUGAUUACUAUGUUUCGGCGAAAAAUGUGCUGAAGUUUUUGGGUCGAGGACGCAGUAGCCACCAGCCAGAGUUGCUCUUCGCCGGGCAUGUGUUCCAGACCUCGCCGCUGCGGCACAAGUUCAGCAAGUGGUACGUUUCGCUGGAGGAAUACCCCUUCGAUCGCUGGCCUCCCUACGUGACCGCAGGUGCGUUUCUGCUCUCGAAGCAGGCACUGCUCCGCUUAUACUCGACCAGUGUCCACCUGCCGCUCUUUCGGUUCGACGAUGUCUACCUUGGAAUUGUGGCUCUCAAGGCGGGCAUUCCCCUCCAGCAUUGCGAUGAUUUUCGCUUCCAUCGGCCGGCGUACAAGGGUCCCGAUAGCUACAGUUCGGUAAUAGCCUCGCACGAUUUCGGGGACCCCGAGGAGAUGAUCCGGGUGUGGAACGAGUGCCGAUCCGCAAACUAUGCGUAGCAAGAAGGAUCAGGAUGGAUAUGCAGCCUAGUUUUACCAUAGAGUGUAUAUACGGAUGAGUCACUACCAAGAUAACAGCCUUAUUAAAGUAAACUAAACUGAGGAUGACUGUUUUCAGAGAUUUUAAAUUUAGCAAAGGUGGAUAACUCUACGUUAUAUGAGCUUUUUAAAAUAUGUUUUAAUAAAGCUGUAAGUUAAUUAAUAAUGCA